CCACGUGACCUACAGAAACAUGGAGCUGGAUAUCCUGCACCUUGCGUCUCUAACCUAUCGCUCAUUAUAGACACAAUGCACUGAUGAAAACUCAAAAAAUCAGUGAAAAUAUGGAUGAGAAGACACGAACAUUAUUUUCAGAGCUCCUUUAGCUUUUCUUGUAUCAUUCCACAUCAUCAUUCCACAUCAUCAUUUCACAUCAUCGGAUCACACAGGAUCUGAUCUGAGACCUGAGGAUCCAAGUCGGAGAUCCAGUUAGCGUAAAAAUCGUGUAGUGCGUAUAUCCGGGUAUAGACUAAAGUGAUUCCUUGUCGACGUGUCAGUGAAUUAAAGCGUCCUUGCAACAUACAUACACACACACACGCGCGCGCGCGCACACCCACUCAAUCUCACACACUCAUAUGCUCACAUGCACACGCACACGCACACUCACACACCCUCUCUCUCUCUCUCUCUCUCUCUCUCUCUCUCUCUCUCUCUCUCUCUCUCUCUCUCUCUCUCUCUCUCUCUCUCUCUCUCUGUGUGUACUUGAUGCUCUUCAGUUCUACACAUUUUGCUGAACCAGGCAGGCGGAUUUAACCCUAGAUGUGGAAUAAAGACCUAAAAUACCUCACAUAAGAAGAUACGGUGGUACCAAUUUGACUGCUGGAACCAAAUUCAUUGUGUGUGUCAACACUGAUUCUGAUUCUGGUAACGCAAAGAAGUUCAGAAAAUCAUGGCACCAAAUCCUGUCAUUCAAGCCAUGAUUGAUCUAUCAGCCGGAGCAUGUGGUGGUAUAGCAUGUGUGCUGUGUGGCCAGCCGUUCGAUACCGCCAAGGUAAAGAUGCAGACGUUUCCUGGGAUGUACCGUGGCUUUGUGCACUGCUUUGUGUCCAUAUCAAAGCAGGUGGGGUUGCGUGGUCUAUAUCAUGGCACUACUCCAGCCCUGAUGGCCAACAUCGCUGAGAAUGCAGUUCUGUUCAUGAGCUAUGGCUUCUGCCAGGAUGUUGUGCGCUUUGUGGUUGGCCUGGACAGAGGAGCAGAGCUCAGUGAUUUUCAGAAGGCUUGCUCUGGAUCUGUGGCCUCCAUCUUCUCCUCACUGGCUUUGUGUCCCACUGAACUAGUUAAGUGUCGUCUGCAGGCAAUGCACGAAAUGCAGGCAUCAGGCAAGAUCGCUGGCGGACAGAAGAGCACUGUGUGGUCUGUAAUUAGGCAUGUGUUAAAGACAAAUGGACCUCUGGGGUUUUAUCAAGGCCUGUCUACUACCAUAGUUCGUGAGAUUCCUGGCUAUUUCUGCUUCUUCGGAGGCUAUGAGCUGAGUCGUUCUGCUUUUGCCCAUACUAUGGGCAGGAAUAAAGAGGACAUAGGCAUCGUGCCGCUGAUGUUUAGCGGUGGGUUUGGAGGAGCCCUUCUCUGGCUAGUUGUCUAUCCAAUAGACUGUGUGAAGUCCCGCAUUCAAGUUCUGUCCCUGGCUGGAAAACAAGAAGGCUUUAUAAAGACAUUCCUUGGUAUUGUACACAAUGAAGGAGUGCGGCCUCUGUACUCAGGUCUAACCCCGACUAUGAUACGGACAUUUCCUGCCAAUGGCGCACUCUUUCUAGCCUAUGAACUUAGCCGUAAGGCAAUGAUGAAACAGUUUGAUGUGUGAAAGAAACAUUUUUAAACAUUCUGUGCUUACUACACAAUAGAGAUGCUCUUUAUAAUUGAAAAAAUUAUUCUAAAUAACUUGAAUGCUGCUUAUUUUUUUAUAUUAUUAUUUUUAAAUUUGAAUUUAUUAUUUUAUACUCUUAUUUUAUCUAGCAGCUCAUUAAAUCUUUAAGAAAAUACUUUCCCAGCAGCACAAUUAAUUAUUUUACCACGUAACUUUACUUUUCAUCCAGGACUGUGACAAACGAGAUGCAUUUCCUUUAUCAAUAAACUUUUAAGAAAACA